AUGACAAUCGCAGCAUGGCGCAUCUGCGCCCAAUGCUCCCGCCAGCUCUCCCUUCCUCGACCCGGUGCUCGUCGCCUGCCUGUGUGGCGGAUUUCCCCACAGCAACCUCUACGGUCACUUUCCCAGACCAGCCUGCGCAGUGCCUUUGCACCCCCGACGCCUGCAUCGCUCGGGAAAGCCGUGCCCGCCAGACAAUAUAAGAGAACGAAAAAAUGGGCGCGCAGACUCGCAUACUUGUUCCUCGGCGGGACCGUGGUGUAUGCGGUGGACAAGCGAUACUACGCAUCCAGUCUGACGAGGAGUUUCCGCACUUUUUCCAUGGGCUUGAUUGCCGCGCUGGACUACAAGAUCAACUUUCGAGAGGAUCCGUGGUUUGCCAACGACAUCGCCGAAGUACACGCCCGUAAUGCGACGAGGUUGUUCCAUCUCCUGCGGACGAAUGGCGGUCUCUACCUCAAGAUUGGCCAGGCCAUUGCCAUGCAGACGGCCAUCUUGCCCCCCGAAUUUCAGAAAAUGUUCUCCAAGAUGUUUGACGAUGCACCGCAGAAUGACUGGGAUGACGUGCGGCGGGUCAUUAUGGAGGACUUUGGUGGUCGGACGCCCGAAGAGGUGUUUGGGAUCUCCUUCGAGGGUGAUCCUGAUGCGGGCGUCAUGGAGAGGAAAGCCCGCGCCAGCGCGAGCGUGGCACAAGUACACUGGGCUCGGCUGAGAGAUGGAAGGGAGGUGGCCAUCAAGAUACAGAAGAGGGAGAUUGCCCAGCAAGUUGGAUGGGACCUGUGGGCAUUCAAGGUGGUGACACGAAUAUAUACGUGGUGGUUCGACCUGCCUCUCUACUCACUUGUUCCCUAUAUCACAGAAAGGCUCUUGCUGGAAUGUGAUUUCGAGAGCGAGGCGAACAAUUCCAAGGAGAUGGCCAAACUCAUCCAGGGCGAGCCCCGGUUACGGGAUAGGGUUUACAUCCCCAAGAUUUACGACGACCUCUCCACAAAAAGGGUCAUGACCGCUGAAUGGGUCGAAGGCGUACGGCUGUGGGAUAAGGAGGCCAUCACCCGACCCUGGCAGGGAGGUUGGCGAACCGGCAGUCCAGGUUGUCACGGCACUCCGCUCGAUCCGCCUGAAACCCCCAUCACUUCGCUGCAGGAAAAGGCUCGCUCGUACAACGAAGAACUCAAGCCAGACAGGACAUGGUGGAGGGGCUCGAAUGGCAAGGGUGGUCUGGGUCUCGAUCUCAAAGAAGUCAUGACCACGAUGGUUGACCUAUUCUCUGCCCAGAUGUUUCUCUGGGGUAAGGUGCAUUGUGAUCCUCAUCCUGGGAACAUCUUCGUUCGACGGCUCCCCAACGGUCAUUCCGAGCUUGUUCUGAUCGACCAUGGCCUAUACAUCACCAUGUCUCCCUCAUUCCGACAUCAGUAUUCCCUCUUCUGGAAGUCUCUGAUGACAUUCGACAACAAGACCCUCAAGGAAGUCGUAAGCCAAUGGGGCAUCAACAACGCCGAGGUCUUUGCGUCUGCCGCACUCAUGCGUCCCUACGAAGGAGGGGACCAUUCAGUGACGACGCGGUUGAAGGGCAUAUCAGAACACGAGAAGAAACGACGCCAGUACGAGCUGCAACAAGCCAUGCGCAAGGGCAUCAAAGAGAUCUUGGCCGACGAAACCAAGUGGCCGCGCGAAUUGAUCUUCAUCGGGCGAAACAUGCGCAUCGUCCAGGGCAACAACCAGUACCUGGGCAGCCCCGUGAACCGGAUCAAGAUCACGGGCAAUUGGGCCUCGCGGGCGCUGGCCGAGGACCAGCACCUGACGUUUGUCGAGAGAUGGAAGUUCUUUGGCAGCCACCUGAUGUUCAAGCUGGUCCUGUGGGCCUCGGACGCGUACUUUUGGUACGCGAAGCUCAAGCAGGCGCUCGGGAGGGGCAAGGGCAUGGACGACGAUGUCGAACAGCUCAUGAGGGGCAUGGCCAAGGACUAUGGCAUCGAGAUGAACCACAGUGUCUUUGAAGGCUGA